CCACACGAUUGUGGUUGCUUCCGCAGAGCUGUGGCCUCCCUCCUGAGAACUGGAGGCCAGGGCUGCCUUGAGUGCCUCUUCUGACCCCAGGGGAGGGGGCUGGGCACCUACAGAUCAGACCUCAGAGCCAGCCUGGAAACCUGGCCGGCGUCCGGCACAUCAUCCUCGUUCUCUCGGGAAAGGGGGGUGUUGGGAAAAGCACCAUCUCCACGGAGCUGGCCCUGGCCCUGCGCCACGCAGGCAAGAAGGUGGGUAUCCUCGACGUGGACCUGUGUGGCCCCAGCAUCCCCCGCAUGCUCCGGGUGCAGGGCAAGGCUGUGCAUCAGUGCGACAGUGGCUGGGUGCCUGUCUUCGUGGACCAGGAGCAGAGCAUCUCCCUCAUGUCUGUGGGCUUCCUGCUAGAGAAGCCGGAUGAGGCAGUGGUGUGGAGAGGCCCCAAGAAGAACGCACUGAUAAAGCAGUUUGUGUCCGAUGUGGCCUGGGGGCAGCUGGACUACCUGGUUGUGGACACGCCCCCGGGGACCUCUGAUGAGCACAUGGCCGUGGUGGAUGCCCUGCGCCCCUACAGCCCCCUGGGGGCCCUCGUGGUCACCACACCCCAGGCAGUGUCCGUGGGGGACGUGAGGCGGGAGCUGACCUUCUGUAAGAAGGUGGGGUUGCGGGUGAUCGGGGUCGUGGAGAACAUGAGCGGCUUUGUCUGCCCACACUGCGCAGAGUGCACCAACAUCUUCUCCAGGGGAGGCGGCGAGGAGCUGGCCAGACACGCUGGAGUCCCCUUCCUGGGCUCUGUGCCCCUGGACCCCGAGCUCACGCGGAGCCUGGAGGAGGGCCGAGACUUCAUCCAGGGGUUCCCCGAGAGCCCCGCGUUUCCCGCGCUCUCCUGCAUAGCCCAAAAGAUUCUGAACGAGGCGCCUGUUGGACUUUGCUGACCGAGGCAGUUUGAGUGUCUCCUCUGUGUGCUGUGGGGCUCGUGCUCACAGCCCGGAGCAGAGGUGGCAGCACGGUUCCUGGAACCCGUGGCCCUGGGCUGCCGUCACCAUGUGCUCCUCUCCCCGUGGGCCUGCCCUGGACAUUUCUGGUGCUUCAGCAGCAUCUCAGCAUCAGAGCCACUGACAGUCGGUGGUUCCGCCUGGUUGGCCUGUGGCAGGGCCCAGGGAUAGCGUGAGGUCGCGAUGCCGUGGCCUGACCUCCCUGGUGGUGCAGCUCGGUACUUACAUGCCCCAGACAGACUGGCUGCUCCCGACAGCCAAGUCUCCACGUUGUUCACAAAGCUUGUAUGUCUGGGAGCGCACUGGGCCUAUAAUCCUGGUGAAACAGGCAGCAACACCCAGUAAGGUGUCAAACUUGUAAUUCAGAGGAGCCCAAAAUAAACGCGUCCCACCGCCGUGGUUACAGGUC